AUGCCAAGAUCGUCUAUAGGCCUGCGAGUGGCUUUUGUCUACUUCGUGAUUGAACUUGCAAGGAGUAGCAUUUGUCCAGCUGAUAGAGCUCUUGCAAUCCAUGAUGUAACCAGCGCCACCAACGGCCAGGUCACAAUCCAGCAAGGUAUUCUUCAGCAAAUUCCGUGCACUACUUUUCGACCGGGUGAGAGUGUAGCCGGUGUUCUUUGGUACCGUGGCAACAGUGACAUCGACCCUCGAAAAGAAAGACUGAUUGGGCAGAACGACAAUAGUGCAAACCAGAACUAUGCUCUGACGUCAUACAACGGACUGAUCAUUAAAGACGUCACCAAACAGGACGAGGGGAAUUAUGUCUGCAUUGUUGUUUCUCGCGAAGCGAUCAACAGAUAUAGCGUGGUUGAAGUACAUGUUAUAGAAGGCGUGUUUCAAGCCGUAGAAGCUGACCUCAUAACUACGUCUAGCUUGGCUCAAUCUUUACGUCACAGGAUACCAUGCCGGUGUAGUAUGACGUCAUCUUCAACGGUGUACUGGUCACAGGGAACCGGUGUUACGAGUGGAACUGAUAUUCUCGGUGCCAGGUUCCCCGGUGGAACUGUACUUCAGUUCCAAGGUCGAGUUGGUAUCGGUGUAGCUUCGACCGGUUCGCUAAUACUCAACUCUCUUCAAAACACCCGAGAAACUGCGAGGUUUUGGUGUCACGUUUUCGAGCUGGACGGGUCUUUGAUGAAUUGUUACGUCGACGCAAAGAUAGUGAAAGAUGAUGAAAAACCGUCAAACAAUGCCCUUCAAGCUUCAACAGAUUCCUUCUACGUACUUAAAGGUGAAGAUCAAACACUGCCGUGUACCAAUGGACCAAUUAGGGAGCAGACAUGCGACGUACAAUGGUUUAAAAAUGCCUCAUCAGAAAUAGAACUUCUUGUGAACUAUACCGCCUUGAAUGACGUCACGUAUGACGAUGCGGGUUUUGGUCUCGGUAGUGAUUUUGCUCUUGUAAUAAAAUCUGCAGAUGAAGAAAAUGGCGGGAUAUACAUCUGCAAGAUGAAGUCUGGUUUCCGGCGUAUGGAGGUCCGAGUUAUUGGUGAUACAUUUCCACUUGACAAGGGCUACAUUUCAAGAGUUGAAGAAAUACAUUUUGAGACUGGGCAGAAUUACACGCUAGAAUGUACGGUUGGUUUGAACACCACAAAAAACAGAACAGCAUUUUGGUCAUUCGGCCAAAAAGAUGCAAUAAACACCACCGUUAUCGGAACAUUCAAAUCCCCGGAUAGUUUGGUGAACGCAGAGAGCAUUGGAAGGAACAGCUGUUAUAGUAUCACCGUUGAUGGCGCUCUACUGCUGACCGGCUGCCUGAUUGAUAGUGACGUCAGAUACUGGUGUCACGUGUUCCUAGACGGUGUACUGUACCGAUACUACGUGGAUUUGGUCGUCGUACAAGAUUCGUCGAAGUCUUUCUUGGGUCCCUUCUGGAUAAUAAUCCCCAUUAUCGCAAUUGUCAUCAUCCUGUGUUUAGUGACUGUGCUCUGCUGGAAAUCCCGAGUAGUCAAACCGUAUUGCCCCUGUUACGUCAUGGUUGAUUUCGAAGAUUCUGACGCAGAGCUGAUUAGAGAAGUCAAGAACGAAGUAAUGGUGAGGGUUGCAAGAGUUCCAAUAACGCCUUGGGCUACAGACGACACCCCAUCAUGCUACAAACCAAUUGACGACGUCUACAUACCACCCCAAUUGUUCAUCAAACACAAACAAGCCGAGCACACCAUACGGUAUCAGUUAGAAUCAGACGACCAACUCUUUGACGAUGGUAUCUCACAGCUAAAAAGUAAGCAUGUUGUCCUUGAGGGUAGGGUAGGUAGCGGGAAAACCACUCUCUUGCACAAGAUUGCAUUGGAAAUGUGCAUUGGGAAAGCCGAAGCAUUGGAGAGACAGGUUAGGUUGGUGCUGGUCUUAACAGCUAGGGUACUCCUUCAACAUGGAAAUCUUGGUGACGCAGUCUUUCAACAGUUAGGUCAACCACAACACACAAAGAUAUCGCCAAGUUCUAUCAAUUUAUUUUGCAAAAGACACACCUUGGAUGUGGCGAUUCUUGUUGAUGACUGCGAGGAAGUUGGACAAGUCUUGGAGUUUAUCAGAAUGCAAGGUCUGUUUGGUGCUUACGUCGUUUUGGCAACAAGACAAAUACGGGAUGCAGAUUUUAGAUCUGAGUUUGAUUACCGUCAUGUCACAGUCUCUGGCUUCACACCGACAAGUUCUCGAGGGUUCAUCAAAUGUGUUCUUGACAACAGCAAGAGGAGCGAAGAACUUGUCGGGUAUCUUGACUAUCAUAUUUUACCUCCCGAUGUUGAGUCUCUUCCAUUGAACCUUACGGCUCUGUGUCAGCUAUCUUUGUGGACAGACGGUGAAGUUUUCAGACGUCGCCUUAAAACAAGCGAGUUGUUUUGUAAACUGGUCAAGUGUUUGUUUGAUGGUGCUGCGUACAGAACAAAACAACAGGGCGAUGGUAGUGGUCAAACCAUGGAAUGCCAUCAAUCAACUCGAGAUCAACCGCGCCAUGGCAGUAGUCAAACCAUGAAAGGCCAUCAACCAACUCGAGAUCAACAGGGCGAUGGUAGUGGCCAAACCAUGGAAUGCCAUCAACCAACUCGAGAUCAACAGGGCGAUGGUAGUGGCCAAACCAUGAAAGGCCAUCAACCAACUCGAGAUCAACCGCGCCAUGGCAGUAGUCAAACCAUGAAAGGCCAUCAACCAACUCGAGAUCAACAGGGCGAUGGUAGUGGGCAAACCAACGCAGGCCAUCAACCAACUCGAGAUCAACCGCGCCAUGGCAGUAGGCAAACCAUGAAAGGCCAUCAACCUACUCGAGAUCAACAAGGCGAUGGCAGUGGCCAAACCAUGAAAGGCCAUCAACCAACUCGAGAUCAACAGGGUGAUGGUAGUGGGCAAACCAACGCAGGCCAUCAACCAACUCGAGAUCAACAGGGCGAUGUGAGUGGUCAAACCAACGAAAGCCAUCAACUAAGCCAACAUCAACAGAAAAUGCUGGUUAAUUUGGGAAAGAUAGUAAUACCAAGGGUUUUACAGAAUCAUGGCCUAUUUUGUGAGCUGUCCCGAAAAGAUGUUGAUCAGUUUGUUGAAAGCACGAAUAGUGCCUUUGACGAGGGUGUUAGAGUUGGGCUUCUCCGUGAGCGAGUUGGAGGUUCUGCAUCUCAAACAGAACGAACGGCUUACUUUGUCCUAGAGAUUCUCCAAGAUCUCUCUGUCGGCAUCAGUUUGACCCCAACCGAUAAAAGUCUGUCUUCCUUGAAAGAAAUGGUGCCUUUUGGAACGACAUUUGCCAAAGCGUUCCUGUUUGCUGGUUUGCCAAGUCAUAAUGCUUAUCCUUCCAUAAAGGGCGUAAUAGAAAAGACACUUGUAGAUAUUACAAGCAAACUGAAAAGUCUGAAACCAGUGUCUGGACAGUCCUUAGCUCCAAUUGAUCAGAAUACGUUUUUGAAACUAAAACAAAGAUACAUGCAGUUGAUGGAAAUGUAUCUCCAACUCAAACAUGAAUCAGGAGGUGAAGUGAGCUUACCGAUCAAGGGCAGAUUAUUGUCAGUAGGGAGUUCCCCUAAAGUCAAAGGCAAGAUUCGCUUAAUAGGGGUCUCAAGUCAUAAGUUACAGUUGCUUUCGUACUCUCUCACACACCUGCAGACAGAAUCGAAGAUCAAGUCCAUCAAGUUGCUUCGAUUUGGCAAACACCCGUCGAAAGAGCUGAGGAAGUAUCUGGGGGAUUUUCUUCCAUACGUGUUUGAAGACACUGAUAAAGAAACGUCCAAACUUGAGGAGACAGAAUUGGUUAAUGAAACGCUGAGUUUGUUGUUGGAAAGGUUUGAAUCUAACCUAAGGGGUGAGGUUGAUGGGAGUUCAUCUAACCUUGACCUAGACACCGGUGUCAUUCUUGCCAUGCAGUCUCCAUUUCUACAAGACGCCAUGCUGUCGCAAUCAGGUGAAUGUUGCUCGUCAACCCCUGCUAGAGACUUUGGCCAUUGUCUCCUCAAGCUGACGAAUUUGGAGGAGAUUGUCUUGAUUGGGUCGAUUCUAGACUCAAAGACCAUCUGCGAGAUGGCGAGAAACCUGAAGAAUUUCAAGCAGUUGAAGAUGCUAGAUCUUCGUCUGAACAAGAAGAUUGACGACUCUGCUUUCAGUGAGGUCACACAAUCAGUCUCUUCUUGCAGAAGCCUGGUUGAUCUUAGACUAUCUCUGUACGUGGUAACUCUGCAAGGGUACGAUGAAGUCACGCGAUGUCUUGAAAACGAUAAAAAUGGUUGGAAGAGAUUGAAGAAACUGUUUCUGCUUCACGGUAAUCCUACAGAAAGGUUUGUGGUAUUUCUAUCCGAAGUCAUGAGGUACCUGAAGAAUAUCAAUGAAUUCAACAUCGCAGCACUCAACUCGUCUGAGAAGUUGUCACAUGAAGCUAUUGCCGGUUUUGAAAGUGCUUUCAAGUCGAUGGAGAUCAGUCAGAAAAACAUAGAGAUUGAGAACAUGGAAGAUUUGAGGGCUAAAAUAAAGCCGGCUUCCAAGGAUCAGAAGCAACAAGCUGGGAGUAUCGAGCCGGCAAAGGAGAGCGAAACAUGCGGUGUUGAUGAAACCUCUCCAUUAAUAGAUGAAGAUCUCGAACUACCCCAAAACAACCAAGAGGGGGUUGCACAAAAGAGCUAGAGAGUGAAGUCUAGCAUUCUGAAAAAUUUGCCGCCCCCCAAUUUGUUGCUUUGUUUUAUUAUCAAUAGAAAUAUAUAUAGUAUAAUAGUAGACUGCUCCUACUUUUAUAAUAGUAUUUGUAGUCAUGAAAUCAAAGUAUUUAAUGUGAACUGAAUUACGUUCCGUGAUACUGACAUGUAAACGUGAGCUAAAACAUGGCGGCGCCCUUGGCUGGCUACGUGACGUCACUUAACAAUCAAAAUAGACUCGUGCAGUCGUAACAUCAACAUUCAUGUCAAUUUGUUCUUGCUCCCGCCACACAGAAACAUAAUCGUCGCUGUUUAGGUUUUGUAUGGGUGACCCUUGACCAAGUUGGCUCAAUUAAAAUCCAAGAUGGCGCACUUCAAGGUCAAAGUGGCGCAGGUGGUUAAGUAGUACACAUUGGCGCUCAGUGCACAUUGUGCUAUUACCAGAAACAAUACAUACCCCUAUCUACCACUUGUGCGCUAGAUCGCCAGGUGGCCACUAUUGUGUAAAAAAUUACGUUUAAGCAUUUUAGGUGCUACACCGUGCCUUUUAGUUAAAACUUGUUCUUAAUCUAAACUUGGGUUCGAAUGUAAUUUUGCAAACAAUGUGCCUGUAUUUUACAAUUUGUUGGUGUUUGAUGAGAUACGAAUAUGUUUUUAAAGUACAGAUUCAUGAUAAAUAGUUUGUAGUUUAAAUUUGUGUAGUUAUACGUGUUACUGAUAGAAGUAUUUUGUUUUCUUCAUAUUUAGCAAAUCAAACGUUCCUCCGUGACAAGAUACGACUGCUUUCUGAACAAGGGCGUUUUAAUACGUUUACAUUUUUCAGCAUUAGUAAGCAUU